CGGUUACCAAAGUUGGGGCCAAUUUGCCGGACAUUUUGAAUGAUGUACGUCUUCUUCUUUACUGUUGCCUUGAUUUUGGCAAGGGUAUUAUUUGUGAUAAUUGGAUCAACUAUGCCGCAUUUGAUGCGCCUGUUCGCAAGCCGGCAUAUCGCCAGCAGACGAUGUCAGCUUACAGCGCGCGCUUCCCUCAAUGAGCGAUUCCAACAUUGGCAGUUAGCACAUUCUAUUCAUUCUUAGAUCUCAGUUCCGCUCCAGAUUGUGGUGCGUAAAAU